CCUGUUUAAUGUGGAGUCCGCCGGUUGAGUGAGAAGUACAGCGACGUGGCCAUGCGAUCUACAGCCGUAUUGUACGGGGUACCAGGCGCGGCGCCAGCCGUCAACGAAGCCCGUCUAUGACACGCAGCCAAUGGAGUGAGACGUGUACUGGAUGGUGUGUACCCGUUAAAGUGUGUAUGUGUGUAUAUAUCUGUGUAACAAUGGGCCACUAUACAGGAGCUCGCCAUUCUUUGUUUGUCGGAACCGUGAAACGGUAAAACUAUAGGUGGUGAUUUACCGAUUUCGAGGUCUGUCACAUGCAGACAGGACGGCACGGAUCCACAUUCCAAGGUACUUGCGGCAGGGCAAAACUUCCAGUGACACAUUCAUUUUCAUUUAAACUCAACACUCUCCCUUUACACAUCGGACAUCAACAUGUAUGCCGGUAUGCUUGGAAUCCUCCUGUUGUUGGUGCUCACGUUUAAUGAUAUAGAUGGAGAGACUAUAUGUGCUGAGUUUGCGAAGUAUGAUGCAGAUGGUUCAGGCCUCAUCCCAGCCGUUCCUAAAGUGGCCUCCAUGUGUACCAGCUCCGAGGCCAAGGGGAACCGGGUGAUUGUUGACACUUACACGGCGGAGGGACAGACUAAACCUGCCACGUGUUCAUGUACAGCUACCGUAACUCUGGAUAACGAAGCCUCCACCAUCAUCCAUUUGUCCCCUCACUUUGAUCUUCAGCCGAACUAUAUCAACUGUGGCAGUCGCCUCGUGCUGACCAGAGGGGACACGACGGUCAGCCAGGGCUGUUUUAUUGUUGGAAAUGUGAAUGUCAACAAUGGUGAUACGCUAGACGUCAGCUUCCUCAUGGAGAAAGACCCGUUUGACAUAAGAUACUGUAUGGUCCUAUCACUAGGUGUGUACAACAGAAACUGUAUGGUCCUAUCACUAGGUGCGAGUGGUGACAUCGCCUUGAAAUGCAACGACCCAUCUGGUGCCACAACCGGAAAUACCACCACCAUCACCACCGCCGCCGCCAGCACAGCCCAUACACCAACAGCAAGCACAAAGACGUCAUCAACAGCAACAGUAUCCUCAACAACUUCGACAACAACGUCUGCAAACAUGUCCACAUCAUCUCCAAAACCUACAACGCCAUCAGCGACCAUAUCUACUGCACAGUCCACGACAGUUACACAGUCCACGACAGUUACACAGUCAUCAACAAAUCAUACAACAACAGCAGCCUCAACAUCAUUAUCUAGCUCAACAGCCCCAACAACACAAUCUACGCUAUCGACAACAGAACAGGUGGCGACAACAACUAAACCAUUGACAACAACAAUUAAAACAACAACUAAACCAUCGACAACAACUGUAUUUAAAACAACAAUUCAACCAUCGACAUCAACAGUUAAAACAACAACUAAACCAUUAACAACAACAUCAACAGUUAAAACAACAACUAAACCUUUAACAACAACAUCAACAAUUAAAACAACAACUAAACCAUUAACGACGCAAAGAGUAACAACAGCAGAGUCUGAAGUAUCUCAUGAAACAACAAGUACAAAUGCGCCAACAUCAAAUGAACCGACGUCUCCCAAACCAACCAUGGCAUCGCCUCAACCACAAGGAGAAGAUGGCGAAAACUACCAACUUGAAGUAAUCAUUCCAGUAGCCAUUGUUGCCGGGAUCUUAGUAAUUUUUGUUGUAGUCUGCAUAAUAUGUGUGAGACACCUUAAGUCGAGAGAGUUUGUGACAAAUGGCGACCUACUACGCAGGGUCUCCGAGGAUGUGAACGCCAAGUCUAAGAACGGACUACAGAACCCUAGCUUUAACGGCGACACCCUGCCGACCUCGAUAACCUCUCUGGACCGGAACAGUCAGCUGUCGAUGAUGCGGGAGACUGAUCCCGCCUGUGACACGGAUGAGGUGACGCUGGACUUGGGUGAGAAACUCUACGAGAACCAGGCUCUCACGUAUUUAUAGUAAUAUAGGCCAUUGGUGUUUUCCCUAGUGUUUACCACGGAUCGUCUGUGUAGAUCAUACACCAGUCAACACCUAUUGUCGCCAAUUGUUCUGCUAAUGAGGAUUUCGCGAGGGUUAUUAACAGUGAAAGGAACCAGGAGAAAGAUAAGUUCCCUGUUAAAUGUGUAGCUUUACGUGCUAAUAACAUCUGACAGACUGUCAGGAAGUGACAAAGGGCAGCAGAUGAGGAUAUUUCAUCCGCGUUUUUUAGUUCUUGAUUACUUUUACUGAUAUGUCCAGAUAGUCCUGCAGCCAUACACCAAAAAAUACGCAAAGAUGUCCUAGCCACGGCCUUUCUCGAUGAACUUGGAUUGUGUGACGAGGAACAAAGUGCAUUCGGAACACCUCUUAUUGCAGCUUGUUUCAUGCUCAGUAAAGUAAACCCCGCUUUCUAUUAAGCACGUGCGAUGGAACAGCUAAAACGACGACAAAUAUCAUAUCAGUUACCUUUUCAGGGAAAAUAUGAAAUGUUUAUGAGUUGUAUUGAGGUGGUAUGGUAUAAUUAAGUACCUAUUUUGAGUAUUGCAUGGUGCAAAUAUAUAACUGGGAUUUUAAGAUUUUCCUCAAAAUGAUAUAGAACUCUAACCUGUGGCGUGAUUAGUUUAUUUGAUCCCACAUGUUAAAUAUCCUCCUAUUAUUUUCUACCACGGUAGAUACUUGCCGCUGCUACAUUGUAUAUAAAACAGUGCACAAAUGUACUCGACACACAACAACACAGUUUGUGCUUAUUAUACGUCGGUUUAUGAGUUAAACUGUCUAACGUUGUUGAUAUCGAGAUUUGUAUUACAUGUAACUGUUAAGGUGCUUAUUCUUCAUUUUGCCAAGAUACAAUACACCAUUCCAAAAUAAUUUGUUGCAUAAUUAAGUUAGUUACGAAUUGUGUACAGGCCAUGGACUUGAAAAUGAUCAUACAAUAUACCACGUUUACAUAGCUAUGUAUAUGUUUUAUAUACUGAUAUGCGAUGUUGAGAUACACAGUUAAUUUCGCCAACUACGAAAGUAGGUUUUAUUCGUGAGUGUUCGAAUUCGCGGCUGAGAGGAUUCUGAUUUAUAAAAGCAAUUGUUUAUGUCCUCCCUUUUAACGGUAUGAUUUUGCUUAGAAAAUGGACCUAGGAUGACGUCACAGCCUACAUGUUCCACUUAUGGCCACAACAUACAAUGUACAACAAUAUUGGUUAUGGGAGAAAGAGAAUGUUUAACUGGUGUUGAUGGAGUAGGCCGUACUGCUGAUCCCGGGGGUUCAUUCUCAAGCAGACGUACGAACCUUGUGAUUGGCUGUAAAACAUAUCGACCGUAAAUUGUGUGAUAGACUAUAUUUUUGUUAUACAUAAGGUUAACUUCACAAGUGACUGAUUUUGAUACAUGUGUUACGUUACAGACAGUGCAUUAGGUGUUCGGAUACACGGGUAAAGAUGUUACUCCAUUUGAGAAAGGUUUAUUACAAGUAAUGGUGUGACCGUUGGUCUGUUAUUGGUCGUGUAAAUGUUGAGUAUAUUUGUAUGGUUUGUCAGUUGUUAUGACAUCAACAAUCAAUAUGACGUUAUAAAGGAUACCAUUGGGUAACGGCCAUUAAUGCUUCAUCUAUGAUCGUGUAAUACCGACAUUUUACCUUCUUCUUUCUUACAGAAAAAAACCUUUUUAUAACUUACUUGAUACAUUAGUAAUUACUUUUGUCACUCGCAAACCUGUCAUUAGAUAUCUGCUUUCUAUGGAUCCAGUACAUGUCCUGCUCAUAUAACACGUGCCUCGUCAAGGGAAGGAGAUUCCAAUCUUUACCUGUUUAAUCCAAAGCCCCUUUAGAGUAUUACCGAAUUCACUAGAUUCAGCACAAGGGGCCUAUGACUUUGUUAUAGUUGGUAUGUGUA